AUGCUGUCUUUUUCCUCUAGGCAGCGUAGAUCUCUUCGCCGAUUGGCGUCCGAGCCAUUUUCCUCGCCCAAUCAGACGUUUGCAGAUGUCUCUAUCGCCUAUGCCGAACGGAAAUGUCGAUCUGGAGUCUGCGGCAUGCGGUCGCCAUUGUUGAGCUCGUUGUUAUUGUUGUUGUUGUUGUGUUUUACGACCGGGAUGAGUUCUGUUCCUUGCUAUGAAUGCCCUUAUUCUAUAGGAGAUGGUGGUGGUAGUAGGAAUACAAAUGGGGGUUUCUUAGGCUUUCGAGUUAGUGAAGAGGCUUCCGAUCAAGAGGUUGAUUACGUGGAGAAGUGUCACAGAGGCCGAUAUGUUCGGUAUAGUGAAGUCCUGGGGAAGGGUGCAUUUAAGACUGUGUAUGAGUUUGAAACUGCAUUUGAUCAAAUUGAUGGGAUUGAGGUCGCAUGGAACCGAAUCAAAAUAGAUGAUGUGUUGCGGUCACCUGAAGACUUGGAAAAGCUCUACGCAGAGGUUCAUCUUCUUAGUCAGCUGAAUCAUGAAAACAUUAUCAAGUUUUACGACUCAUGGAUUGACCAAAAAAAGAAAACCAUUAAUAUGAUAACUGAGCUUUUCACUUCUGGGAGCCUGAGGCAAUAUCGUAAAAAGUACAAAACAGUCGAUAUGAGGGCUAUUAAGAAUUGGGCAAGACAGAUUCUCCAAGGUUUAGACUAUCUUCAUAGUCAAAACCCACUUGUUAUUCAUAGGGAUCUGAAGUGUGACAAUAUCUUUGUUAACGGGAACCAAGGAGAAGUUAAAAUCGGGGACCUUGGAUUAGCUACCAUCCUGCACAAACCUACAGCUAAGAGCGUCAUUGGAACCCCGGAAUUUAUGGCUCCGGAGCUUUACGAAGAGGAGUACAAUGAACUCGUCGACAUAUAUUCCUUCGGAAUGUGUUUGUUGGAGAUGAUGACUAUGGAAUACCCUUAUUCGGAAUGCAAUAAUUCAGCUCAAAUUUAUCGAAAAGGUGUUAAACCCGCUUCUCUAGGCAAGGUGGAUCCUGGAGGAGUCAAAGAGUUCAUCGAAAAAUGCUUGGCUCCAGCUUCUCAAAGGCCGUCUGCUAAAGAACUUCUUAAAGACCCCUUUCUUCAGUCUGACCUUACAUCUGUAUCAGCUCAGGGUUCUCCUCCAAUACCUGACGAAGCAUUUAGAUACUCAAGUCGGUCAAUCAACAGGCCUCACUCUAUGGACAUAGAUCACGACUAUAAUCAGUCAAUCUACACAGACUCCAGUUUCGGGAGUUCUUGUUCUUCGUUGAUGGAACUUCGAAGUUCCCACCAGAACAAUCAGUUCAGACUGAAAGGGAAGAAAAAAGACGAAAGCUCAGUAGAGUUAACCUUGCGCAUUGCUGAUCGAGGCGGUGGAGUUAGGAACGUACACUUCAUAUUUUACCUCGACUCGGACACAGCUUCCGCAGUUGCAGCAGAGAUGGUCGAGCAGCUCGAGCUGGUCGAGCAUGAUGUCAUUGCUGGCCUCAUCGAUGACCUAAUCAUGAGAAUGUGGCCAGACUGGAACCCACCAUCUGGCUCGAGGAGCACGAGUUGCCUGACCUUGAUGACAGAGGAUGACAGCUGUAAGUUGGUGCACAGGUAUCCCAGUUGUGCGUCUCCUAAUAAUGUUGAGUUCUUACUUUCACGUGGGCCCGGGGCUUCUGCUGAGGAAUCUUUGAGGAAAAACGGGAUUCUUGAUGGGUCGAGUGGCGGAGUAUCUGAAAUGGAGUUUGCGGAUCUGUUUCAAUAUGACUGCCGGACACUUGUGAUUGAAAAAAGCAGGACUGCCGAGAAUGAGGAGUUGAGAGGUAAAGAUGGCAGGUCGAGUCUGAAGGGUGAAACGGGAAGCAAUUGA